AUGUUGAGCACUGGAUUGCCAUGUAUUCCUGGUUAUAGUUCCUACACAGUUAGGCCUCACAAAAUCUUAACAAGAACGAGAGCGCUUUUUAAUCCUCCCGAUCCACCAGGAAAACCUACUUACUUGAAGUUCUUAAAUGAAAAAGACAUUUUCAAGAACAAGAAUGCUCCUAUUCUAAAGUUUUAUGCUUCUUUUGAUGAUAGAGGAGAGCCGGCUAGGGACCGAUGGAGAUUCAGAGAUUGCCAUGUUCUCUAUUUUGUGGAAGACGGCAUGAUAAAAGUUUACGAACCCAAACAAAGGAAUUCAGGUAUGGACCAGGACAUCAUUAUCAGCAAAAACUUAAUACCAAAACCAGAUGGAGGUUACUACAGUUUAGAAGACUUGAACAUCGGAGAGACAUUGAUUUUGUAUGGCAAAUCAUUUAAACUUGUGGAUUGUGACCCUUUCACCAAGAAUUUCUUAAGGGAAAUGGGAUAUAGAGUUAAAACUCCUGAGCCACCACCUGUUGAUCCAGUUACUGCCGAUAGGUUCGAAGAAGACAUACACCGAUUAACAACACGUAAGCCAUUUCCCAAAGACAGGAGUGGAGAACAGUUUCUGAAGAAUUUUCCAAGAUCCUUGCAUUUUUACGGCAUUUAUAAGAGAACCGAUAUGCAGUUUGAAGAAAAAUGUUAUGUUUCAUUAUACUAUCAACUGUAUGACGGUAGGAUUAAAAUAAUUGAUGACAAGAAAAUAUCUGAACAUCAAGUUUGGCCAGUAAAAGGAGUACAGAAGUCACACAUUAUACUUAAACCUAUGCACUUGCCGAAGAAAUUCGAGAUCAGGACAUUUGAUGAAAUUGGAAGAGGUAGAACCAUACUCAACUUGUCAGCAACAAUUAGAGACACGCGUUUUAAGAGAUUAUUCAUGUCUAACAAGGAUAAAGGUGGAUUUUUGCCCGAUUCAAAUCCUCUAAAAGAUGAUCCAAAGACAGAAUAUUACAAGCCCGAAGAUUUAGACCUUGGAAACACAAUUGAUGUUUUUGGCGCGAGUGUUUUCUUGUAUGACUGUGAUGAAUACACGAAGCAGUUUUACAAGUACGAAUUCGAUAAAGUUCUGGUGCCAGUUCCAUUACCAGACUUAGAACUUUCGAGACAUCACAAAUUAGUCUAUCCUCAAAAGUUCGGCAGUCCGAUUGACACUUUAUGUGGUUGGAAAGAGGAAUCUCUCAAAGGACACACUACUUUUAUCAGUUCAUAUGAUACUUCUUCUAAGACGACCAACAGAGCAAAUGGGUCGAAGGUUUUGCUUAAAUUCCACCUUAAUUGUAGAGAUGGCUGUGAUGGUAAGACUUUAAGAUUCUUAUCACGAAUUCUAACUGACCAUUAUAUAAAGAAGCAAAAUAUGUACCUGAUUGCGUUUUACUUGGAAGAUGAUACUAUAGAAAUUACAAAAUUAAGUUCAGACUUGACACAUAGGUAUAAAUUCGGAGAUACAUACUUGAGAAGAAUGAAGGUUGUAAAACCAACCACAAAUCCCUUGAAUUCUAAUAAUUGCUUUUAUCAAAAAACUGAUUUCUUUAUUGGAAGUGUGAUCUGCGUUAACACUGAGCAGUUUUAUUUAUUUGAUGCUGAUGAGUACACACUUGAUUUCAUGAGUCGGCACAGCAACGAAUUCCCCCAUUCCAAUUUGGCAAUUUUGGUGAACAAAUUCCGGGAAUUUCUUCGUGAAAAAGCUUGCAGCCUUCAAACUAUGUUUGAGGCUGCUGAUACAAUCAAUUCAGGAGAAAUUUCGUACAAUGAUUUUAGUUCUAUAAUACGCCAACAUAUACCAAAAGAAGAAUCUAUUGUUAUACCUGAACAAGAAUUAAUAACAUUAGCCCGCUGCAGUUGCUCGGAAGAUUAUAUUGGCUUCCAAUUUGAGGAUCUUGUUUCAAAGAUUCAGUUCGAAUUAAAAAGGCAAGGUUUUCAAGAUUUUGAUAAACUGAAAGAACAGUUCGAGAUGUUCGAUUUAAAAUAUGGAAAUAGAACAGGUUUCUUUCCCACUGCGCAUGUCUAUGAAAUUCUUCUGUCUUGUCCGUUAAAAAUACACAAAGACUUGUUAAAAUUUUUUGUUUUUAAAUUUCCCAAGAAAGAUGGUUUGAUCGAUUACCGCAAAGUUGUAGAAUGUUUGGACUAUAUCAAAAAUCCUUCUAAAAAACCUGACCAUACGCCAUAUUCAAUUUAUCUGAACUGGUCUGAAGUCGAGAAAGUAAAAAACAUUGCCCGAAUAAAUUAUCGCUCAUUUUUGAAAAAUAUUGUUCGUGAAGAUUGCCCAGAAUGUGAAUUUUAA